ACCAACGGUGUGGUUGUCGCUUUUACGUAUAGUUCGUGGAACAAGUAUAAUUACCGAGUAUUUUUGUAACAGCAAAAUGGCCGCCAUAUACAUGCGAAUGCUGGGCUACACCGUGACCUUGACAAUGCAUGGCUGCAAUAUGUUCCUGAUGAAUAAUCUUCUCCAGGGUCCAGUCAUGGAAGACCCUAACAUAAGGACCUUCAGCGCGAUGUAUAAAAGAUUCUUCACUGUAUGGACUAUGUUCCUCCAAAUCGUCGUGGCGUCGCUGGGUCUGACGUCUGACUACUUCACGCUAAAAUACUCCAACAAAAAAGAACCUAAAUGGCUGGGGGUUAUUAGAAGCACGAAAAACCGUCUUUUCGCAGCCGUACUCUGGCCUACUGUUUUUCUCGUCUCGACCCUCUUCUGGACGCUGUAUCACUACGACCGCAGUCUAAUUUACCCCCUCUUCGCCGACAAGAUCCUCAGCAGCACCGCCAACCAUAUCCUGCACACGGCAGUUGUGCCUCUCGUGGUGUGGGAACUAGUUUUCCAACCGAGAAGUGUGCCGAAGAGUCAUGCGGUUAAUGUUGCUAUGUUGACGGUGUAUAUGUUGAUUUAUUUAUUUGUAAUGCAUUACACCUACGUAGAGCAAGGAAUCUGGAUGUACCCCGUAUUCGGCAUCGCAUACGACACUCAUUUCUGCUUCCCACUCAUUAUCACUGCCAUUGGCGUUAUGCUGUUCACAUAUUAUCACAUGCAAUGGCUUUUAACGAGCAUAGUUUGGGGAUCGCAGGCGAAAAUUAAAAAAUAACAAAUUUGCAUAAUUAUUUUCCAUCGUAUUUUCAAGAAAACGGUGUCUUUGUUUUCAGUCAGUCUCGGUACAAAAAGUACUGAGGACUGAAGUACCUAGCAUGACAAAUACGAACGUUUCCGAGAAAAUACGAUGGAAAACAAUUAUGCACUACAUCUGUAAAAUCAUGUUGGGACAGCGGUAAAAUGGGGUGACUUUGAACAUGAUGUUGGCAAGGAUGUUGAGGCCACCUUAAAAUGAGGUGACUUUGGAAACAACAGAAUACUUUAACUUUU